CGGCCCGCCCCGGCCCGGCCGCCCUUCCCCUUCGCCAUGGACAGCCGCUCCGCCGCCUCCGUGCUGGCCGAGCUCCGCUGGGACGAUGGCUACGCCGUCCCCGUGGCUAACGCGGAGAACAAGGCGCUGGAGGAUGAACUGCAGAAGAUCCAAAAGGAAAAAGUCAACUUGCAGAAUGAGUUGGCCGACUUGGAGGAGCGCACAGAAGCGAUGAACUCUCAUUUCAAGAACGUCAGACAGGAGUUCAGCUUCACACAGUCUCUUUACAAAGCCAGAGAGAAUGAAAUUGAAACUGAACAACAUUUUAAAGCCCUUGCUGAGAGAGAACGUGGACGUUUCAAAAGUGACAUUAAACGACUGGAAGAUGAGUUUGUUUCCUUAAGAGAAAAGAAAAGCAGUCAAGAAAAUACUACAAAUAAAACCACUAAGAAGCUGGAAGCCUUAAAACAACAGUUGAACUGUGAUGAAGAACUUCUGGAGAGCUGGAUUAAGGAAAUGGAUCGUAAAGAUAACGACACUAUGACAAUCCAGAAGUAUGCACAACAAGAUGAAGGGAAACUAGGAGCAUUAACCCUUCAAGUAGAAAAGUUGACCGUGCAAGCAAAUCAGAAGUGCAGAGCUCUUGACAAUGAGCUUACAGAAACCAUAACAGCUCAGAUAGAGCUUGACAAGACGGCUGAGGAUUUUCGCAGAGUUCACCAGGAGAGGCAAGAAGUCAUCAGGCAGUGGGAGAACGCGAUACAGCAGAUGCAGAAGAGAGAUGAACAGAUCGAUCACUGCGCACUGCUGAUAGCAGAGAUAAAACAGGAGAUCAGAAAGAAAGAAAAUAUGCUGAAAGAGAAGACUUCCUUUUUGGUAAAUGAAACUCUCAAUAAUAUGGAAUAUGAAAAGAAAAUUUCUUCUGCGGAAUGGGAAGCUUCCAGCCUGCGGAGCGAGUACCAGGCUCAGGACACGUACCGGGGGCAGCUGCAGGAUGAGCUGGAUGCUUUGAAAUCCACUGUGGACAGAAACGCUUCUGAUCUAGAGUCUUUGAGAACACAAGUAGCCAAUCUGAAGAAAGAAAUUCAGAAAAAACAAGCCUGGUUAAGCUUUCUUAAUGAAAAGAAUGCAAGUCUCUCCAAUAAGCUGAAGCUUGUGACGGAGGAGACGCUCAGUUCAGAAGACAAAGCUUUGAGGAUGGAAGAAAUACUGAAGGAAGAAGAAAAAGCUGUCAAGGAAAAAGAAACAGAAAUGACCCAGUUAAAAGAACUACUUCUCAGGAAGACUCAGGAGUUAAAGGAGCAGAAGGAUAAGGAGACGUGUGUUCUGGCGGAAACUGAGGGAAGUCAAAAAUCACUUGAAAAUCUUAAGAGUCGACUGCAGCGACUGGAUGCAGAGGCAUUGAAACAACAAGAAUUCAUAUAUAACCAGGAUUUUUGUAUUCAGCAAGUACAGAGACGGCUGUCACGAUUAGAAGGAGAGAUUAAUGCAGAUGAAAAACAAGUUUUGGAAGCAAAAAUUGCUGAACUUAAGAAAAACUUAGAAGAAAAGAAAAAUGUGUAUGAUGUUUUACAUGCACAGCACAAGAAACUUCAGAAUGAUGUCCAUUUCAUCAAGAGAGUGAUGGAUAAGACAGGAGAAGAAACCAGCGGUAUCGUGAUCACAAUCGAUGAACUAAAUCUUGUCAAUGAGAGAUCAGAUCAGGAGUUAAAAAAGGCUAAAGCCAUGAAGCAGGAGCUGAUGGUCGAAGAUAAUCUCUGGAAACUAGAAUUGAACCGUCUUCGAGACACUCUGUGCAAUAAGACGGAGAAAGUUCUAACACUGGAAACACAAAAACUGGAGUUAAAGGAAGCCAUAGCAGAAAGAAGGGAGGAGAUCCAGGUUCAUAAAGCGAUGCUGGAGUCCCAGCUCAGACUCGUGGAGGAGGAGCGGCAGCGCCUGAGUGCCGAAUUUCAAGAUCGCCUAAAUGAAAUCGAGAACCUGAGAUGCAGAUAUGAAAUUCUUAAUAUUGCCAUGAUGCCACCUGAAGGAGAAGAGGAGAAAACUCAAGCCUACUACAUAAUUAAGGCAGCACAGGAAGAGGAAGAGCUUCAGCGUGAAGGGGAUGAUUUAGAUGCAGAGAUCUGCAAAGCUGAAAAGGAAACUGCAGCUCUGGAAAACACUUUGUGUGUGCUCAAUAACUGCAACAGCAAUUAUCGCAACUCUUUCAAGGAAGUCACUGAGACAACUGAGGAAUACGAGGAGAAAUUGAAACUGGAUGAGGAGAAAAAGGCUGUUGAUGAAAAAUACAGAUACAAACGAAGACAGAUCAAGGAACUUCAGGAAAAUCUCCAGAGCAUGGAAAAAAGUCUUGAUACGGUGCUGAAGCAGGAGGCUCUCUUCCAAGAGCAAAACAAGGAAGAACAAGCUCUUAUUUUGCAGCUGAACAAAGACACAGAAGAACAGGAGCCCAAACUCGAACGGGUGAUAAAACAGUGUUCCAGAUUAUCCAGAGAAAUCCAGUCUCUGAAGAAAACGGAGACACAGGAAGAACGAGACAUUGAUCUUCAGGAACUGAAAAGCUUCAGCAGAACCAUGGACAAACUGUUAGCUGAUGUUCUGGAAGAAAAUCCCGAUUUAACUACUCCCUUCCAAAUGCACUUUCUCCAGUCCGAUUUAGAGCUUCCUACAAUUGCUUCGUCUGCUGGUAGUCAGGGUUCUCGAUCACCAUCCAGACAGAGCUCACUGGCUUCUACCAGGUCCUCCAGGAGCACGAGCUCAGGCUCCAGCCAGACGCUGUCGCUGAGUCUCAUCGAGCUGAGCCUGCCCCCCAGCACCCCCGCGGGGGAGUCACGGCCGGGCAGCGGGGCCAGCUCCUCCCGCACCUCCCCACGCACAGAACCUCUCCAGUGAUCUUC